AUGGCCCAGUGGAACCAGUUGCAGCAGCUGGAGACUAGGUAUCUGGAGCAGCUGUACCACCUGUACAGUGACAGUUUUCCCAUGGAGCUGCGACAAUUCCUCGCACCAUGGAUCGAAAGUCAGGACUGGACUUUUGCUGCCAACAAGGAGUCUCACGCUACCCUGGUGUUCCACAAUCUCCUAGGUGAGAUCGAUCAACAAUACAGCCGCUUCCUGCAGGAGAACAACGUCCUCUACCAGCACAACCUGCGACGGAUCAAGCAGCACCUGCAGAGCAAAUACCUCGAGAAGCCCAUGGACAUCGCCCGCAUCGUCGCCCGCUGCUUGUGGGAGGAGCAACGACUGCUGCAGACAGCCACCGCUGCCGCGCAGGAUGGACAGGCCGCCCACCCCACAGGGACGGUGGUGACAGAAAAGCAGCAAAUUCUGGAACAUAACCUUCAAGACAUCAGGAAACGAGUGCAGGAUAUGGAGCAAAAGAUGAAGAUGCUGGAGAACCUACAGGACGACUUUGAUUUCAAUUACAAGACACUGAAAAGCCAAGGAGAGUUGAACCAGGACCUAAACGGGAAUACCCAGGCGGCUGCUACCAGACAGAAAAUGGCUCAGUUAGAGCAGAUGCUGAGUACCCUGGAUCAGCUCAGACGGCAAAUUGUGACAGAGAUGGGAGGCUUGUUGACAGCAAUGGACUACGUGCAGAAGAACCUGACAGAUGAAGAGCUGGCCGACUGGAAGCGAAGGCAGCAAAUCGCUUGUAUCGGAGGUCCGCCUAACAUCUGCCUGGACCGCCUCGAAACAUGGAUCACGUCCUUGGCCGAGUCCCAGCUUCAGAUUCGGCAGCAGAUCAAAAAGCUGGAGGAGCUCCAGCAAAAAGUCUCCUACAAGGGAGACCCUAUUGUCCAGCAUCGGCCCGCCCUAGAGGAAAAGAUUGUGGACUUGUUCAGAAAUCUCGUGAAGAGUGCGUUCGUGGUGGAAAGACAGCCGUGCAUGCCCAUGCACCCAGACAGACCAUUGGUCAUCAAAACAGGCGUGCAGUUCACAAACAAAGUCAGGCUACUUGUGAAGUUUCCCGAGCUCAAUUACCAGCUGAAGAUUAAAGUUUGCAUCGACAAGGAGUCCGGAGAUGUUGCUGCAAUAAGAGGGGCCCGAAAAUUCAAUAUCCUCGGCACCAACACCAAAGUCAUGAACAUGGAAGAGUGCAACAACGGCAGCCUGUCAGCAGAGUUCAAACACUUGACCCUGAGAGAGCAGCGCUGCGGUAACGGCGGACGCACCAACAGUGACGCCUCUCUCAUCGUCACAGAGGAGCUUCAUCUCAUCACCUUUGAGACUGAAGUCUAUCACCAAGGUCUGAAGAUUGAUCUGGAGACGCACUCACUGCCUGUGGUGGUCAUAUCCAACAUCUGCCAGAUGCCAAAUGCCUGGGCGUCCAUCUUGUGGUACAACAUGCUCACCGACCAGCCAAAGAAUGUGAACUUCUUCACCAAGCCACCAGUGGGGACGUGGGACCAGGUGGCCGAAGUUCUCAGCUGGCAGUUUUCAUCCACUACCAAAAGAGGCCUGACCAUCGAGCAGCUCACGACACUGGCGGAAAAACUGUUAGGGCCGUCAGUGAACUACUCCGGCUGUCAGUUUACGUGGGCCAAGUUCUGUAAGGAGAACAUGGCCGGCAAAGGCUUUUCUUUCUGGGUGUGGCUGGACAAUAUCAUCGACCUGGUCAAGAAGUACAUCCUAGCGCUGUGGAAUGAGGGGUACAUCAUGGGCUUUAUCAGCAAGGAGAGAGAGAGGGCCAUUCUUAGCCCCAAACCGCCCGGUACAUUUCUGUUGCGCUUCAGCGAGAGCAGCAAGGAAGGCGGCAUCACGUUCACGUGGGUCGAGAAAGAUAUCAAUGGCAAGACUCAGAUCCAGUCAGUGGAGCCCUACACCAAGCAGCAACUCAACAACAUGUCCUUCGCUGAUAUUAUCAUGGGCUACAAAAUCAUGGACGCCACCAACAUCCUGGUAUCUCCCCUGGUGUACCUCUACCCUGAAAUUCCGAAGGAGGAAGCCUUCGGAAAGUACUGCAGGGUGGAGGCAGCUCCUGAACCCGAGGUGGAUUCCUCAAACACAGUUAUUCAGCCGUACUUGAAGACCAAGUUUAUCUGCGUUACCCCGUGUCCCUCCGUGUUCAUGGACUUUCCGGACAGUGAGCUGCUUGGGAACGGAUUUCCCGGCACCAACUCGGGCAACACCAGCGAUCUUUUCUCACUCUCGCUGUCCCCGCGCACUCUGGAUUCGCUGAUGCCCAAUGAAGCCGAGGGUAAUCCGGGACAUCUGGAAUCUCUGACUGUGGACAUGGAUGUAGCUUCUCCCAUACAUGUGAACACAUCCAACUUGGUUUGA